UACUACUUUUUCCUUAAAGUUAUACGUCGCUUCCGUCCUACUCAGAAAAAACAUGGGCGCUGGAGCAUCGAACUCUGGACAAAAUGAGAUUCAGAAUGAAAUAACAGAUUACUAUCAGCUCCUUGAAGUAGAAGAAACUGCGACAGCGGAUGAAAUAAAGCGUUCAUUUCGUAGACUUGCCCUUCUUCACCAUCCGGACAAAAACAAAGAUGAUGUAGAAGGAGCCACGAAACGAUUUGCAGAGUUGCAACAAGCAUAUGAGGUUCUAAGUGACGAUCAAGAGAGAGCUUGGUACGACUCGCACAAGGCAUCGUUGGCUCCGGAGCCUGACGAUGAAACUGUUUACGAAGAUAUACGCAAAGGAGCACCUCCUUCCCGCGCUCGGGACAGAGGCUUGUCCGUGCGCCAACUUAGUCGCUUUUUUGAUGCUACACUCUGGAAAGACUUUGGAGAUGAAGGCGAUGGUUUCUACGCUAUAUAUCGCAGCGUUUUUGCUCGUCUGGUAGCAGAGGAAAAGCUUGUAUCUGAUGACGAGGUGUACCUACCUUCUUUUGGAUAUUCACACUGGCCGUGGGCACCUCAAAGCAAAGGAGAAGAGGCUACUGCGGCUCGAACUUUCUACAAUACGUGGAUUAACUUUGCAACGGCCAAGGACUUUGCAUGGUCAGAUGCCUGGAAUAUAUCAGAAGCUCCCGAUAGACGAGUGCGCAGACUUAUGGAGAAGGACAAUAAAAAGGCAAGAGAGGAUGCUCGGAGAGACUUCAAUGAUACCGUCAGAUCUUUGGCUAAAUUCUUGAAAAAACGGGACCCGCGGUACAAGAAGCAUAUCGCACGGCAAGCAGAGGCUACUCAAAUGCAUGCAUCCGGCUCGUCUACCCCAAAUUCUAGAAAGAUAUUUACACCGGACGCAGCCUACAUCGAGCAGGACUGGCAAAAAAUUGAUAGUCGAGUUGGCGAACAUGAUUUGGAAUGGGCUGUUGCAGAGGGAGAUGACCCUGAAGAAUGGGAAUGCGUUGCGUGUAACAAGUCAUUCAGAAGUGAGGCUGCAUGGGACAGUCACGAACGAAGCAAAAAGCAUCUAAGAGAAGUAGAAAGGCUUCGUAGAGAAAUGUUGGACGAGGGAGAGAUGUUGGGCUUGGAUCAGGCGCCGCAGUUGGAGGUUGAAGAAACGGCGCCAAGUAUUGAGGACCAUCUUGAUUCCUUCCUGGAUGAGCCUCCGCGAUCUCCUUCCCCUCCACCUAGCGAACAGGAAAUUCACACAUAUGCGGCCACCCCAGAAGCUUCUCGUGAAGAGAAUGGGGAGGAAAAGAAUUUACGUCACUUGCCAAAAGGCAAGAAAGGCCGGGAAAAAGCACAACCUUUAGCGACGUCUAAAGAGCCUCGUACAAAAUCUGAAAAAAAGAUGCAAGGUUUGGAUCAUGCUUUCUUUGAAGAAGCUGGUUCAUCAAACAUUGGCUCUAUUGAGCAGGGAAAGGACUCUGCCAGGCCUGAUUCAGGCGAGAAGCUGGAGCUGUCCAAGCGCGAACAACGCAGAGCACGACAGGCCAAGAAAGCGGAAUUGAGCGGCGCAACGCAUAGUAUACAGUGCAACUGGGCUGGUUGUGGAAGAUUCUUUGAGAGUAAGACUAAACUCUUCGUGCAUGUCAAUGAAGAGGGGCAUGCAAUUCAGAGUGAGGUUACUCCGAGGCAAAAAAUUAAACGAGGAAAGGGUAAACCUAGUAUAGCAUAGUCAUGAUCAUGUUAAUGGUCAAUACGAGGGCGUCUCUUUAAAUAUCACCGAGCGAGCGAUAGCGUGUACUACGUCGGUCAAACAGUCGAGGGCGCCCUUUGAGCGUCGAUAAAUUAUAAGCACGAAGAUCAACGGACCAGGAGUCCAGGACUCAAGAUGCACCGCUCGUCGUAGAAAUACGGGCGCCUAGGCCUUGGCAAUGAAUCAACUUUGACUAUCUGACAUCAUGGAUUGAUAAGCGCUGGG